GAUUUACUCACGACACGCACUUCAUUUGGAUAUUUAGAGCUGUACACGGUGUUAUGAAUGUGCUGGUCAUGUAUAUUAUUCAGAUACACGUUCGGAAGCUUUUCUCAGAGUUUUAUCUUUGAAUGACUCCCUGCCAAAUUAUUACAACUGGACUCAACUGGAUUAAGAACAUAAAUACGUUUACUUUUCGCAUUUUUGCCGUCGGUUUAUUCGUCGUCUUACAUUUAAACUUCGGAUAAGUGUCUUUAAUCGUUUGACAAUACGAUUUGCAGUGUUUAAAGGGGCUUUCUUCACUUCUGCAACACGACCCAUUGUUGAUGAAAGGAUGUCAUCGUCUGCAGAAACGUUCUCCUACAUCGAGAUGAGUCGAGUCAGCCCUGCUGGCACUGUCAACAGUACAGACGAUCAUCUACAAACGCAAAGAGAGCCCAGUGACUUAUUACAGGAUGCCGAAUGGUACUGGGCGGACAUAUCAAGGGAGGAGGUGAACGAAAUACUCCACGGCAUGCCUGACGGUGCUUUCCUGGUGCGAGACGCCUCCUGCAAGGUGCAGGGAGAAUAUACAUUAACUGUUAGGAACAACGGCACGAACAAACUCAUCCGGAUCCUCCAUCAGGAGGGCAAAUUUGGAUUCUCGGAGCCUCUGACGUUCAGCUCAGUGCCGGAGCUGAUCUCUUUCUACAGGCACAGGAGUUUAGUCCACUACAACACUUCCCUAGAUGUCACACUGGCUUAUCCCGUGACCCACUGUAACACGGAUCUACCUGUGAAGGAGGAGUUUCUGAGUGCAACCAGAGAAAAACUCCAAGAAUGUUUUAGGGUUUUUCAGAAGACGGCAGAGUAUGACCAGCUCUACGAUACUUGCACUUCGUUAUUAAAGGAAAUUCAAAGGAGGAAAGCUUUCGAGGACAUCAGUAUGACCGAGAUCUCAAAACCACAGUGUUAUUCUCAAGAGAAUUUCCAAAACACGCUCCAGAAAGAGUCUGGGUGUGAGGAGCUGCUGAGGGAGGAGAGCUGGUUUGUGGGAGAUCUGGCUCGCGGUCCAGCAGAGGAGCUUCUUCUUGGGAAACCAAACGGAGCUUUUCUCAUCCGCAACAGCAGCAGCAAGGAUUGCUACGCCUGCUCUGUCGUGGUCAACAGUCAGGUCCGGCACUGCGUUAUCCGCCACACAGAGCGCGGCUACGGCUUCGUCGAACCCUUCGACCUCCACAAAUCUCUGAAGGAUCUUGUUCUGCAUUACAGCCAGACGUCAUUAGCACAGCACAACCAGGCUCUGGACGUCCGGCUAGCCUAUCCAGUCCACAUGUCCAGCGUUCCCACCGUCUGAAAGAUUGAAGUGCACUAAGACUGAUUUCGCCAUUGCGUCUCUUCAUUUUACCACAUGAACAAUGAGCGCAGGGCGUAACAUAAAGGCAGUUUGUAUGUAUCUUGCACUUUCCAAAGCAUUCCUCGUUGGUCAUAAUACUGCAGUACUUGAACAAGUGUUGAUCGAGCCCUUUGUAGACACGUUUACACAUGCUCACCCAAAUAAACAGCCGAGUUUUUGUAACACAAUCGCGCUCUUUUUAAUAGCAACUAUAUAUAGUGCCAGGAUGAAUGCGUCUCGUUACACUAUAUUAAUGUUUUGUGUUGUUUUUUUUAAGUGUAUUUUGUGAAUGUAACGCAGCAAGGUGCUUUUAUCGCUCACUUUAACUCUGAAAUUGCGAUAUAUAUAUGUAUUUUUUUUUGCGCGUCCAUGCGAGGAAGGGUUUUUUGACGCAUGGUUUUAUAUAUAUAUGUUGGUUCCAGAGAAAUCCAAAACUGCUUUUUAGUUUUGUAAAAGCUGAGUUGCCGAUUAAAGAUGGUAAAAACUCUAUAUUUUGCGCCUGUUAAAGAGUCUACAGGAAAUACAUGUGUUGAUUUAGGUUUGCGGCAUAUUUGUAAUGUUUACCUUUUUUUUUUACUAUGCUUUUUUAUUAUUAUUUUUUUUUAGGAAAGCCAGGACUGUGUUGUCGUCUUUCAGGCUGAAUAGUCCAGACACGUCAUAGUUUUAUAUAAUAAAUGAGUUUGUUUGUGGUAAAUAACACAAUGCCAAAAAAACAUAUUAUUUUUUAUUAUGAUUAUUAUUUGUGAUUUUGUCAGCAGCAGAACAUACAGAGGGAACAUUCACCCUCAUUGCAGAGCUUAUUUUUGUUAUGCAUGCUUCUUAAAAAAAUAAAUAAAUGACCGAGAGUAAAUUCAGAGCUCAUGUCUGAUUCUUUAUAUUUAAACGCAUUUCUUUUAAAAGUGCUGCGAUUUGUACGUAUUGUGAAAAAUGCCUGUUUUAAGGUUUAAGUUAAAACUGAGUCUUCAGUACAUGAUUCGUUGAUUCAAAUGAUUCAGUUAGAUUGAGUUUCCAGCUAAAAGCUCACUUUUGCAAAUGAUUCAUUCUGAGCGAGUCUUCUGUACAUGAUUCACUGAUUGAAAUGAUUCAUUCUGAGUGAGUCUGCUGUACAUGAUUCACUGAUAGAAAUGAUCCAUUCUGAGUGAGUCUUCUGUACAUGAUUCACUGAUAGAAAUGAUCCAUUCUGAGUGAGUCUCCAGUAAAUGAUUCACUGAUAGAAAUGAUCCAUUCUUAGUGAGUCUCCAGUAAAUGAUUCACUGAUUGAAAUGAUUCAUUCUGAGUGAAUCGUCUGUACAUGAUUCACUGAUUGAAAUGAUUCAUUCUGAGCGAGUUUUCUGUACAUGAUUCACUGAUUGAAAUGAUUCAUUCUGAGUGAGUCUCCAGUAAAUGAUUCACUGAUAGAAAUGAUCCAUUCUGAGUGAGUCUCCAGUAAAUGAUUCACUGCACUGAUAGAAAUGAUCCAUUCUGAGUUGCGAUAUAUAUAUAUAUAUACAUAUGUAUUUUUUGCGCGUCCAUGCGAGGAAGGGUUUUUUGACGCAUGGUUUUAUAUAUAUAUGUUGGUUCCAGAGAAAUCCAAAACUGCUUUUUAGUUUUGUAAAAGCUGAGUUGCCGAUUAAAGAUGGUAAAAACUCUAUAUUUUGCGCCUGUUAAAGAGUCUACAGGAAAUACAUGUGUUGAUUUAGGUUUGCGGCAUAUUUGUAAUGUUUACCUUUUUUUACUAUGCUUUUUUAUUAUUGUUUUUUUUUUAGGAAAGCCAGGACUGUGUUGUCGUCUUUCAGGCUGAAUAGUCCAGACACGUCAUAGUUUUAUAUAAUAAAUGAGUUUGUUUGUGGUAAAUAACACAAUGCCAAAAAAACAUAUUAUUUUUUAUUAUGAUUAUUAUUUGUGAUUUGUCAGCAGCAGAACAUACAGAGGGAACAUUCACCCUCAUUGCAGAGCUUAUUUUUGUUAUGCAUGCUUCUUAAAAAAAUAAAUAAAUGACCGAGAGUAAA